CAUCUCACAGUGCAAGGCCUCUCAAGCUCAACAACAACAGCGCCCUUACUACUCUACUACCUAACUAGCAGCUUCUAGUAAUCAACAAGAGGGGCAAAUGGCUUCCUCCUCAAUUGUCUCAUCCGCGGCCGUUGCCUCCGUCAACCGCGCCUCCCCUGCUCAGGCUAGUAUGGUGGCACCCUUCACUGGCCUCAAAUCCGCCGCCGCCUUCCCCGUCACCCGCAAGACCAACGACAUCACCACCCUCGCCAACAACGGCGGGAGAGUUCAGUGCAUGAAGGUGUGGCCUCCACUUGGAAAGAAGAAGUUCGAGACUCUGUCGUACCUGCCUGAUAUGACCGAAACUCAGUUGUUGAAGGAAAUUGACUACCUGAUCCGGUCUGGGUGGAUCCCCUGCAUUGAGUUCGAGCUGGAGCAUGGAUUCGUGUACCGUGAGCACCACAAGUCACCAGGGUACUACGAUGGGCGCUACUGGACCAUGUGGAAGCUGCCCAUGUACGGCUGCACAGACGCGUCUCAGGUGGUCAAGGAGAUCGAGGAGGCCAAGAAGGAAUACCCCAGCGCAUUCAUCAGGGUCAUUGGCUUCGACAACAAGCGCCAAGUGCAGUGCAUCAGUUUCAUUGUCUACAAGCCAUCAAGCUACUAAGUCUCGCCUCUUCGUUUCGCUUCCAUUGGGCUUCAACAACAUUUGAAUUUUUUUUCUUCUCUUCAUUUUACCGUUUUGGUUUGUCUCUUCAACCUAUGUUUAUUUCCCGGACUUUCCAAUUCGAAUUGGAAUAAAAUGAUGCUUUGAUUUCUCCUUCAAUCUAAUGCAAUCAUGUUCCCUGCUUUCGCCCAA